AGUAGAGCUUUGCAAAACAUAACAAUGAAACUAUUAUAAUUUUUACUUUGAAACUAUAAAUUACAAUGAGAAGUAUAUGAAGUUGUUUGUGCUUGUAAUGGAGCUGGCUGAGUGGUUGCAAAACUGUGAUUGUCCUAUUAGUCCCAGAUUGGCCUGUUAUCUCUCUUACCAGUUUCUAUCUGUGUAGUUCUCCAAGUGCCUUUUAUAUGUUAUUACACUUGCCUUGGCCUCUUCCUUUGGAAGUUCGUUCUAUAUACUCACCACCUUUUUUAUGGUUUAAGUUGCCCCUCAGCUCUCCUUUAAUCUUUCCCCUCUCACUUUAAAGCUUUGCCCUCGUGUUUUAAACUUUUCCAUCCUGGGAGAAAAAGACUUUUCAUCUUAUCACUGCCCAUCACGAGUUUGUAAACCUCUGUGAUUAUUCCCUCAGCCUUCUAUGCUCUAAAGAUAAAAGCCCCAGACCUUACUUUACCAUGCCUCCCAGUCCCAGUAACAACUUCAGAUCUUCAUACAUCUGCUCUCAACUUUCUCCCUCCCCUCUUGAUGUUUCCCAAUGAGUGGCAGAGUCCAGAAUGUGCAGCAGUUUUCCAAAUACCUCUCAAUAAUGUGGGUUAGAGCACCACGUGGAAUUCAGUUGUCAUGGUAACAAGCCUUUAUUCAGUUGAUACAAGCAUGCAGAUGAGGGUCUGAAGUUCACUCAGAGCUGAGCCAUACUGUUUUUGUUACAAGCUGUAUGAGACACAGUGAUUGACGACCAGCAGGAUUUGACCAGAUGAGCACUUCGUGUUGGUCAGUGACAAUCAGAUAGCCGUGGACAUGAAAGUUCCCGGUGAUAGCAUGAAGGCCAUAGUAGGGCAGCAGGAGUCCACUAUUAAACAGCUGCUAAAGGAGACGGGUGCCCGCAUUGAAAUUAAGGAUAGCAAGAAGACUGAUGGUGAGGGUGGGGUUGCAGAGAGUCUGCUCACUAUCAUCGGGUCACCAUUGCAGGUGUGCAAGGCCAAAGUUGCCAUCCACCAGCUUCUGGCCGAAAAUGUGAGAAUCACCGAGGAGCUGUGUGUUCCCCAGCGAGCAGUGGGACGUAUUAUAGGCCGCGGAGGAGAGUGUAUCCAUGCCAUCCGUCAGACCACAGGCGCAAAGGUUGUAUGUGAGAAGAAGUCUGGUGAUCAGCUUAUGGACCUGGGCCGUUUGGUCAAAAUCAGUGGGACAAAGCAAGAGGUGGCCUCUGCCAAAGCACUGAUUUUGGCAAAGAUGGAGGAAGAGGUGGCCUUCCAGCAGAAGCUGGCAUGCUUGGCUGUCAGCAGAAAGCACCGCAAGCAGCCUGUCGGCACACGGCUGGAGGGGGUUCCGUCUGCUGCCUCCCAGGCCAGGACACCUGCCUCUCUAGACGGUGAAGUGUGGGCAUCAGACAUCAGCGAGGAGGGACAGGAGGGGCGCAGGAUCAGCCCCACUAUCUCAGUUGAGCCCUCGGUAGGAAGCCAGCCAGUCAAUGACUCGUGCCAGGUGUCUAAAUUUGAAGUUCCCAGUCCUGACUUCAGUUUCCUUGCAGACGAACAUCUGGAAGUUUACGUCUCAGCGUCGGAAAAUCCUAGUCACUUCUGGAUCCAGAUCCUGGGCUCCAGGUGUCUGCAGCUUGACAACCUGACCUCUGAGAUGACCCGCUAUUACAGCAGCUCCACUGGUACUGUGAGUGCUGAGGCAUUUGUCCCCAAGGUGGGUGACAUUGUGGCAGCACCAUGCCAGGGUGAUGGCCUCUGGUAUCGAGCUCGUGUGCUGGGCUUCCUGGAGAAUGGGAAUGCGGACCUCUAUUAUGUGGAUUUUGGAGACAAUGGGGAGGUGUCGAUCGGGAAUAUGCAACACCUGAGGAGUGAUUUCCUGAGCUUACCAUUCCAGGCUGUCGAGUGCAGUCUCGACGGAAUCCAGCCAGCCGGGGAGGGCUGGUCAGAGAAAGCAAUGGAUUGCUUCGACAGUCUUACCUACUGCGCAACGUGGAAGGUCCUUCUAGCCCGGAUCUGCAGUUACUCACAGAGCGGGGGUGUCACCAGACCACAGGUGCAGUUGUUUGAUCGCACCAGCAACAAGAACGUGAACAUUGGGGAUGAGCUAGUUCGACUGGGACACGCAGUGCAAUGUGCUCAGCAUGAUGAUGCUGCAGCGGGAGAUGGACUGGACACUAGUGGCCGGACUGUGGCAACAUCCCUUCAAAAGCUGCUGAAUGAUGUUACUGGUGGCGUGGAUGGAGGCUCAGUCUCUGAAGUAACUGCAGAAAGUGUACAACCACAGCUAUCAGUUCCUCAGCAGAGUCACACAGAGCCCUCUGUCAUCACCAGCUCAGAAGCUGCCGCUGUCAAGGAUACGUUGCUCUUGGACCAUUAAUUCCCAUUUCUCCAAGGAGUGUUCCAGAGCUGGAAAGCUAGACCUCACACCGCCAGGACAAUACUUGAAUGUACAGUUCAGGGUGGAGUAGAACUGACAGUUCUUUUCUUUGCAUUGUUUGGUUUAAAAAGCCUUAAACUCACCUGGCCUUCAUGAGGCCAGAGGGUCUCGUGGAUGUUCCCUGCAAGUUGGUGCACCCAUGUGAGAGGAGAGGAGAGGAGGGGUGGGUGUCAGCUGUACACCACAACAAUCUUCCCCCAACAUCCUCCACUCUGGUUUGUCUUCCAUGGGUUUAUUUUGUUGUAAAAUCCACUGGGAAUGUUUUGCCUUCAAAGCUGAAUCCCAUUUAGAAAUUGAAACCUCUGUCAGACUUGUGCUUGGGUUCAGUUUUUCUAAUGGAAACCAUCUCUAGGUGCCCCAGAUCUUUGUAGAAUUGAUGUGUGCUCCUGUCUGGUUGAAGAGAUUAACCGGUUCCUUUUCUCCUGACUGUUCCCAACGGCCCUCGUCAUCUACUUCACUUGAUUCCAUGCUCCACCUUCCCUUCCUACCAGAUUCCAUCCCUUGCAGCUCUUUAUCACAUCCUCCUCCCACCUCCUGGUUUCUGUCAACUUUUCCACACCCCUCCUCCAUAUGCUUCUCACUCCCUUCCCCCCCCACUUGGAUUCACCUGUUACUUGCUGGUUCUUGUCCUUCCACUUCCCCUUACCUCUGACCACCUCCCUUCUGUCAGUCCAGAAUGAAGGUCUCAAUCUGAAAUGUUGAUUGGUCCAUUCCUUCAUCACAGAUGCUGUUUGAACACCUUGGUACCUCCAGCAGAUUGUUGCUCCAAUUUCAGCAUCUGCAUUCCCUGGCGAUUCCCUGUUUGUCUCCUCACAGCCUCCGUUUCUUUAGCAAUUUUCUUUUGUCGAUCCACCUCCUGCCCUUGCUCAUCCUGUGCUAUUCUGCAAUCUUUACAGGGGUUGUGCACCUAGGUUAGUAACUGCUGUGGAAAGAGCCAAUUCCUUCAUGUCUGUUAAAGUUGGGUGUGAUACCAGGGAGGGUGUCAGUACCUCCUGGAACACACAGGACCUAACAACUGUUGAAGAGAAAAAAAUAUUGCAAGCCAUCUCCUGUAAUUUCUGAGAAGGACUGCUUAUGGAUCAGAGCCCUGCUGAACUGUUGAUUUUAUUUCCUUCAUGGUAGAGUUUUCUGAAAUUGCUGACUGCAACAGAGAGAUGGACAGUAAUAAAAUCUUUGUUGGAAUUCCUGAA